AAUUUCAUCAUGAUAAAGUUCAGUAGUGGCCAUUUUUUUGAAAUUAUGUUGUUAUUUUUUUGAAAUGAAAGAUAAACUUAUAACUACUGAAUAGGAGAGUAAAUGAUGAAUGAUUAAACAACGAUUUGAACAUUAUUUGUACGAGAAAACGCGUGAAAUGCGCCGAAAAUGAUCUUCAAUGUCUGCCAGCUCAACCUGAGUCCGCAACGUCGACCUACCCAGGUAACAGAAUCUCAAAAUCGACCUACCCCCUUGAUGCAAUUUAUUCACUUUUUGGUCUGGACACUCACUGUCAUUCAUUAUAAAUAUAUAGGACGGAGUAUAUCUAUAGAGAAAGAAUAUAUAUAUAUAUAGAGAGAGAGAGAGAGAGAGUGAAAGAGAAACAGAGAGAGGAAGAAGGCUGAUGUCUAUUUCACUUGGGCUGUGAAUAAGCAGACAGAGAGAGAUCUGCAUUCCAUUUUGUGGAGUAGUGAUUCAUAGUACUUGAUACAAGGCAUUGGGAUUAUUUUUGCUGGAAGUGGAACAAUGGAAAGAGCAAUCUUGCUCCAUCUGAUUUGUGUAGCUUUCUUGAGUGUUUCUCUGGUGACAGCAGAGGACCCUUACAAGUUUUACACAUGGACUGUCACUUAUGGUACAAUUUCUCCUCUGGGUAUUCCUCAACAGGUCAUCCUUAUCAAUGGUCAAUUUCCUGGUCCAAGACUUGAUGUUGUGACUAAUGACAAUAUAAUCGUCAAUCUCAUCAAUAAGCUAGACCAACCAUUUCUCUUGACAUGGAAUGGAAUUAAGCAAAGGAAAAAUUCAUGGCAAGAUGGAGUGUUGGGGACUAAUUGCCCUAUCCCUCCAAACACGAAUUUCACAUACAAGUUCCAGACCAAAGAUCAGAUUGGAAGCUACACAUACUUCCCAUCAAUUCUGAUGCACAAAGCUGCUGGAGGGUUUGGGGGAAUAAAUGUCUAUGCAAGACCUCGAAUCCCAGUUCCAUAUACUUUACCUACUGCAGAUUUUACUUUACUUAUUGGCGAUUGGUACAAGACCAGCCAUAAGGCAUUGCAGCAACUUCUUGAUUCAGGGAAAUCACUCCCCUUCCCUGAUGCCAUCCUUAUUAAUGGCCGAACUCAAUCUUCCUUUACCGGUGAUCAAGGCAAAACCUACAUGUUCAGGAUUUCAAAUGUGGGGUUGUCAACCUCCUUGAACUUCAGGAUUCAGGGCCAUAAAAUGAAGCUAGUUGAGGUUGAAGGAUCUCACACCGUUCAGAACUUAUAUGACUCUCUAGAUGUGCACGUGGGACAAUCUGUGUCUGUCCUGGUUACCUUAGAUCAGCCUCCAAAAGACUACUACAUUGUCGCUUCUACACGGUUUACAAAGCUUAUUCUCGCAGGUGCAAUGUUACACUACGCUAACUCUCAGACACAAGUUUCUGGACCUGUGCCUGCUGCUCCAACUGGCCAAAUGGACUGGUCUAUGGAGCAAGCCAGAACCUACAGGUGGAAUUUGACAGCAAAUGCAGCAAGGCCCAAUCCUCAGGGUUCAUUCCAUUACGGAAAGGUUACACCAACAAAGACAAUUGUGCUGGCAAAUUCAGCACCUCUAAUCAAUGGCAAGCAACGAUAUGCUGUUAAUAGGAUCUCUUACAUUAAUGCCGAUACCCCUUUAAAGCUUGCUGAUUAUUUCAACAUCCCCGGGGUGUUUAGUACAAAUUCUAUCCAAGGCGUUCCCUCUAGUGGCUCUGCAUCCCUGUCCACAUCCGUUAUGCUUGCCUCCCUUCAUGAUUUCGCUGAAGUUGUUUUCCAAAACAACGAAAACACCAUGCAAUCUUGGCAUCUUGAUGGCUAUGAUUUCUGGGUUGUUGGUUACGGGGUUGGACAGUGGACUCAAGCCGGUAGAAAGAGUUACAAUUUAGAGGAUGCUCUUACCAGGCAUACGGCACAGGUAUAUCCGAACUCUUGGACCGCGAUACUGAUCUCCCUGGACAAUCAAGGCAUGUGGAAUAUGAGGUCUGCAAUAUGGGAAAGGCAGUAUCUUGGGCAGCAAUUCUAUCUGAGAGUCUACGACCCGGUGCGCACCCCUGCCAACGAAUAUGGCAUUCCUACUAAUGUCCUACUUUGUGGCAAGGCCACCGGACGACAUGAAUGAAUAAUAUCAUAUUUGUUCAGUGUUUUUGUCCAUCAGUCAUGAAGGUAUGACUGCAAGAGGAAGACAGCAUAUAUCCAAGGAUGGGUGAUUUUGAAAUAUUUCGGCUUCUCAGUUUGUAUAUCUCUAGAAUUUUAUAUAAUUUUUGGCUUCAGGAGUAUAUGCUUAUAAAACUUUAUUUAAUUCGAUUCAUUUUUUGUGAAUCGAUCAUUCGAUCGUGACUGGUUGCAACAUAUAAUUUUAGUUAGUAUAAAGGAAGGAAUUCUUAUUUUGAUCAAA